AAAAAAAAAAAGAUGUUAAAUAAUUGGAAAAAGGAGAUAAGAGAAAAUGGCAUAAUGCUUGGGAGCAGAGAGCGGGGGAUAGAACAAGAAUCUUUCUUCGCCGUUGUCUUAUCUCAUCGAAUUUCGCCGUCACCGUCGAUUCGUACCGCCGUUUUCACAAGGUCAUGGACGUUUCUGCUAGAAAGUCGCAAAAAGCAGGUCGUGAAAAGUUGAGGAGGGAGAAACUGAAUGAGCAUUUUCUUGAACUUGGAAAUGUACUCGAUCCAGACAGACCCAAGAAUGACAAAGCCACGAUUUUAACUGAUACUGUUCAGUUGUUGAAAGAGCUGACAUCAGAAGUCAACAAACUCAAGUCUGAGUACACGGCGUUGACAGAUGAGUCCCGCGAGUUGACACAGGAGAAAAACGACCUACGAGAAGAGAAAACAUCGCUGAAGUCGGAUAUAGAGAAUCUCAAUCUCCAAUACCAGCAAAGAUUAAGGUCAAUGUCUCCAUGGGGAGCUGCAAUGGAUCACACCGUCAUGAUGGCUCCACCACCAUCUUUUCCAUACCCGAUGCCUAUGGCUAUGCCUCCCGGGUCAAUCCCAAUGCAUCCGUCAAUGCCAUCUUACCCAUACUUUGGGAACCAGAACCCUAGCAUGAUGCCAGCUCCAUGUACUACUUACAUGCCUUAUAUGCCUCCUAAUACCAUCGUUGAACAACAAUCCGUGCAUAUACCACAGAAUCCAAGUAACCGUUCACGGGAACCUAGAACAAAGGCUUCAAGAGAGAGCAGAUCUGAGAAAGCAGAGGACUCUAAUGACGUUGCAACACAACUCGAGUUAAAAACUCCUGGAUCUACUUCUGAUAAGGAUACAUCGUCGCAAAGGCCAGAGAAGACGAAGAGAUCUAAGAGAAACAGCAGCAACAACAACAACUCAAUAGAAGAAAGCUCUCAUUCUAGCAAAUGCUCAUCUUCUCCUAGCGUCCGAGACAGCAGCUCUUCCAGUAGUGUAGCUGGCGGCCAAAAACCUGAUGAUGCAAAAUGACCAAAUGAUGAUCGCAAACGGCAGCGUGUCGAUGAGUAUAUGAUACGAGUACAAAACGCAGUCGCUGUUUUGAACUGCGAUUUGAUGCAAUAUCUCAACUGAUUUUAUAGGUCUGCUUAGUUACUUCUACAAAACACAGCUGAUUUGUAAUCUCCAAUAAUUAUAUACUAAUAAAUUAAAUAAAGUUAUAUCAUGU